GAUCGUCCAUUUCUCUGGAGAUGUACUGGGGAGCCCCGGUUUUUUGUCCGCAUUACGUCGCUUAUCGGUGCCGAAGAUUACUAUAUGGCCCGUCACCGGGGAAUCUAGAGCGAACACCGGCGCCUUUCUCCACAGAAACGAGGCUGUUCGAUGAUGACUACAUUUCCCGCCUCCCCCCGCGCUCCCUCAGACCCGUACGAAGGGACGUCGCGCGCGGUGCCUAUCGGGAGCUGUAGUCCUCCGUGCCGCUGAGCGCCGCUCUUCUCCUUCCGUCAGGACUACAUGUCCCAGGGUUCCCCCAGCUCAGAGGCGGUAGAGUCUUUGGCGCCGGCGCGCUGCGCUGUAUUAUUGUAGUUCCCAGAGCGGAUUAAGAUGGCGGCUGCGGCCUCGGCUGGUCCCGGAGCCUCGGGCUCGGUUCGGGGCCGCUUUCCGGGCCGGCCGUGGGUGGGGAGGAGCGGGAACCGAGCCGACAGGAUACGGGUGUCAUUCCAGAGCUGCGGGCGAGCGCCGGAGAUCACAGACCCGGUACAGCGCCGGAUACUGGAGCUUCACCUCAACAUGGAGCGGAUGGCGAAGGCCUGCGGCCGGGAGAAUGACAGCGCCGAGGAGGAGUUUCUGGGCUUCAGCGACGAGCGGACUGUGCAGCGUCCCAUGCGCCGCGCCUUGAGAUCCAGUAAAGAUUGUAAAUCGGCAUCCUCAUCUCCAUCUGUGGUGUCCUUCUCUAUGCCAGUGAGUCCCGCCGCUUCCAGCACGAAGCCAGUGAUUUCUACCACUCCCACCUUUACACCAGCGAGUCCUGCCGCUUCCAGCACGAAGCCAGUGAUUUCUACCGCUGCCACCCCUACACCAGCGAGUCCUGCCGCUUCCAGCACGAAGCCAGCGAUUUCUGCUGCUCCCACCUCUAUGCCAGCGAGUUCUGCAGCUCCCAGCACUAAGCUGGCGAGUCCUGCUGCACCGUCUGUGAAGUGCGAGUACCCCGCCACCCCUGUCAGGCAGCACACGGACAUUGUUCUAUCCAACAUAAAGCGGAGUUUCACCCCGGAGAAGAUUGUGCGGGUUCAUCUGACACAACUGGAUCCCUCUCUGUACAGUCUGAAUUCUUCUACGUUACUGUAUUCGUGUAAAGAAACACAGAAAUCAGCUCGAAGCUCUGAUUUAUCUCCCUGCCUGUCCCCUGAAAAAGCGCAAAGUUCCAAUGCCGCUCCCCCUGCACCGUCAGCUAGCCCUCCCCAUCCUUCUGUCCGCAGCAGGCGUCAAAAGAGGAAUGGAAGACAGGUUACUCCUAGACACUUCCCUCAGACUUCAUCUGCUCAGGUCGAAGCGAACUCUGUGGAUGAACCUAAUGAAGGGGGCACUAAUCUGGAUUGCUCUGCUUUGGAGAGUAGUAGUCAGGACCCUCUGCUGGAACUCUCUUCAGACCCACUGACCACCAGUGAAGAUACAAGGAAGACUGCAUCCCCCACAGAUGAUUCUAUGGACACAACUACUGACAUGAAUCUUGAUAAGACUCCAAAAACUGAGAAAACUUGCAAAUCCCCUAAAGUAGAGACUGGGAAGCAAAGCUCUGGGGGAGGUAAAGGGAGGACGAAACGGAGGGGACUGAGGGGCCGACUUGUUCCCAAAGUAAAAUGGAAACUGCGAGGGGGUUGUAGGAGAGAGAGCGAACCAGAAGGAGCUGUGGAAAUGGUAACACUUGAAGACAAGACCAAGGAGGAAGAACAAGAUGAGAAACUACUGAGUGAGCCUGAUCCUCCGGUUAUAGACAGUGAACCGCCAUCUGCAUCAACCACAGAAGCUGUAGUGCCCAUAAAGGAAGAAACCACUGAUCAAAGCACGAAUGAAGGCCAAGAGGACACUGAAACACAAGUGCUGGAAGACAACAUAGGAGCAACCAAUGAGGAGAAAGACGAAGAGAACAAUGUAGAGGAGAAAGACGAAGAGAACAAUGUAGAGGAGACUCCUUGUGACAAGAGUCCGGAGCCAGAGUACAGAGUGGAGGGUGUGGAGUCUUCUCCAGAACCGUCAGAGAUGGAGGGUACGCCUGGGAAUGACACAAGUGGUUUAGGAGGGGAGUCUCCUGCCUUGUCCGAGCUGCCGCUCCCACACAUAAAGAUAAAGAUUGUAAGAACAGGGCAGAAAGCGAAGCCUAGCCGCUCAGAGAAGGCCAAACGCAUGGCUGCUCGGAGACUGAUGGCCAAAAUGAUGGAAGCUAAGGCCCAGCCCAAACCGCAAUCUCCUAAAGCCGAGACUGCCAGCAGUGAUGGAGGCUUCCUGAAACCUGCAGUCAGCGCCCGCCCAUCCCGGGUCAUCAAGAUGCCACGUAGAUUCAUGGACGACUCGGACACACCAGCCUCCGAAAACCAGACCAAGAAGGUUCCUGCUAAGCCAGUUCUGACUAUGGCGGUGCUGGAGAAGCAGGUGUUGUCCGAUACGCUCAUCCCACCCUCUGACCCUAGAUUUUGUCUUUUCAGUGAAGAUGACCCCCUCAACGUGCUACCUCCAAUAUCUCCGCACACAGACUCCACCCAAAUGUCUCCUCCCUCUGCUGCUUCUUCUCCCGCUCUUCAGUCUUCAUCAGCUCCUUCUGAGAGCGUUCGCAAAAACAUCCUCCGGGCACCAACGUUUUGUUGGAGGUCAUCGAACGUUUUGGAGGUUCAGGAGGCACCAAGUACCAGCCCACCUUUUUUUCGUCUGCAGCCUCCGACUUCUCCAGAGGACCCCUUAAAAAAAAGCCCUCCCACCUCUACCCCCUCUUCCCCUCCCCCAUCCAGCAUUUCUCCCAAACCAGAGUCUGCCAAACGAUCUCCGCUCCUACGUGCUCCGCAGUUCACGCCCAGUGAGGCGCACUUGAAAAUUUACCAGUCUGUGUCCCUUCAUGACAAUGAGGUCAAGACUUCUCCUUUGGCCACCACCAGCCGCCUGACUGACCACGGGUCCUCCGUAGCCCCUGCCUCUUCUCCAGAAAUCCUUCUGUCUCCUGCCAAAUUAGGUGACCAGCAGCUUGUGGGGAGGCGGGCGAACCACUUGGCUUUACCUCUCUUCGUGGACUCCCUCUCUGGUAAUAUGGAGGUUCCUUGCAACUCAUCAGACGCAACGGUGUCCAACCUCAAGAUGACAGAAGGGCGUUCUGAGUCUGUAGACACUUCAAACUUGAAAUACCAGAAGUCAGGUGGUAGUGUGCAGCAGAAUGACGUUCUGGACACCUCCAAUAAGACCUUAGAGAUCGGAGCCAUGACUCUGUGCACUGAAAACGGCACCGUGUGCAAAAUGGCUGUGAAAUCCCAUUCUUCCACCCACAUGGGGCCCCAGGAUGAGGGCUCUACUUUCCCACCCAGCGAAAUCACACUCUCUGGUACCGACAAGAAGGUGAUCAGCCUGCUGGAAAAGGCCAAGAUACAGCUCUUCAAGAUAGACAAGCAGAAGACUGCCGACCUGGUCGCGGCUGCAGAUUCCUCUCAGGGUGAGAGUGGUCCCAAAUCUCCAGCAGCUCAGGGCCAGGAUUCACCUCUACAAGGUCCGCGCAUCAAGCAUGUGUGCCGCCACCCUGCUGUGGCCCUGGGAAAGCCCCGUGCCAUGAUCCCCGAGGACAUCCCGCGGCUCAGCGCCCUGCCACUGUGUGAGAGGGAGCCCGCCCAGCCCCUGGCUGCCCCUGAAGAAGAUUCCUCAGCCUCCGAACCUGAGACCACCAUCAUCGUAAAGCAAAGACCGGUGAGGCAGCCGCCACCUCCCCCUCCGAGGAGACCGAGGCCCAUGUCCAGGGCCAAGCUGCGCAUGACCAGAUGUGGCGAAUGUAAGGGCUGCGCGGUGGUGGACGACUGUGGCACCUGCAUCAACUGCCUGGACAAAACAAAGUUUGGUGGCCCCAACACCAAGAAGCAAUGCUGUGUGUACAAGAGAUGCGACGUGAUUGAAGCGCGCCGGCUGCAGAGACUGUCUCACAAAGGCCGUAAAGUGAUCAGACACCUCCCAUCCACACGUGACAGUGCCUCCGAAUCAGACGAAUCCUUCACCGACACUAUUCGUAAUGACGAUACAGAAGCCUCCGACCGACUGGAAAGCGGACAAACGACCCAGCGUAAAUCCGCCCGCCGCUGUGUACGGCAGCGCCCCUGCUACGACCUCUUCCCCGAGUCCGAAGAUUCAGACUAUGAUCCGAGCCCCAGCGUCCCCCGCCGCAAACAGAGACGGGAGUCUGACAUUAACAACGUGAUUUCUAGGGGAAAAAAAUCUGUUUCUUCUCAUGUCACAGAUUUGCUUCCCCAGGACUCGGAGGAGCAGAGUAAACCCCGCAGAACCCCGCAGCAGCCCCUGAUCCUCCGAGCCAGGUCUGGGCCGGAGCCGGACUCUGUGAUGAAUGGUUCAUCUACGAAGAUCAAAUCUUCUGAUGGAACGCAUCGCCUACGCGUGGACUUUAAGGAGGACUGUGACUUGCAGAACGUGUGGCUGAUGGGGGGACUCAGCAUCCUGACCUCUGUACCUGUAACGCCAACACACGUGUGCCUGCUGUGCGCCAGCCGCGGGCAUCACCAGUUCUUGUACUGUCAGGUUUGCUGUGAACCUUUCCACACAUUCUGCCUGGAGGAGUCCGAGCGGCCUCUACCUGAGCAGGAGGACGGCUGGUGCUGCCAACGCUGCAAGUUCUGCAAUGUGUGCGGACGGAAGGGGAAGGCCAAAAAGCCUUUAUUGGAAUGUGAACUAUGUCAGACAAACUACCACGUUAACUGUCUGGGUCCCAACUAUCCCGUCAGACCCCCCCGCAGCAGGAAAGGCUGGCUUUGCUCAUCCUGCGUUCGCUGUAAGAGCUGCGGAGCUUCUCCUGCUGUGGACACUGACCUGGAAUUCAGUGAGGGCGGUAACCUGUGUACGGAAUGUUCCAACCUGUACCAUAAAGGAAACUUCUGCCCAAUCUGCAAUCGCUGCUAUGAGGAAAACGACUAUGAGAGCAAAAUGAUUCAGUGUGUGAAAUGUGUGAAGUGGGUGCACUCCAGGUGUGAGGGGCUCUCCGAUGAGGGAUAUGAGAUCCUGUCCAACCUGCCUGACAGCGUGGUGUACACCUGCCCCCCGUGUCUGGGGGACAGUGGGGCAUUAUGGCGGGAGGCCAUGCUCUCAGAGCUGACCGCCGGUCUCCACGAGGUCCUGCAGGGACUACUGACCUCCGAUAUUACCGCCCCUCUCACACAGUGUGUACAGUGUAAAAGUGGAGACACCCAGGUGAAGUGUCACCAUACACCCUGCGACCUGGAGUCCCUGGGCCACUUGCUGGUGGAAGGAUACUACAACUCAGUCACGACUUUCAAUGAUGACUUGGUGUGGAUCAUCCAGCAAACCAUGAAGAGCAGAAAACUGGAUCAAGAUGGAGAAGCUGUAAAAGCCCUGUACAUCAAGUUGAUGGAGAAAUCUUUUAAUUGGUUUAAUGUCGAAGAUUCCAAAUUCUGGGAGAAGAACCACAAGCCUGUGACCAACGGGCUCCUUCCUCACGCCGUGCUGCCGCCAUAUCCGGAUCAUACUUAUGCCCAUUGGCGGGAGCGAGAGGACGACUCCAAACAGAGUAACGGAAUCAAACUGCUCCCUGUGUCCCCCACAAAAGUGAAGGAAGAAGCCGAGCCUGAGACAGAGAUGGAGAAAGACUCCCGCCAGUGCGCCUUGUGCCUGAAGUACGGAGACGACACCCCGAAGGAUGCCGGAAGACUACUUUAUAUCGGGCAGAAUGAGUGGACGCACAUCAACUGUGCUAUCUGGUCGGCUGAGGUGUUUGAGGAGGACGAUGGCUCCCUGAAGUACGUACACGCCGCUGUGGCCCGCGGACGACAGCUGCGUUGCGAACACUGCAUGAAGAUUGGCGCCACGGUUGGCUGCUGCCUGUCCACCUGCCAAAGUAAUUUCCACUUCAUGUGCGCUCGAGCCACCCGCUGCAGCUUCCAAGAUGACAAAAAGAUGUUCUGCCAGAAACACAAGAAUAUGCUGGACGGAACGACAGUGGACGCUGAUAGCUUUGACGUGCUGCGCAGAGUCUACGUGGACUUCGAUGGAAUCAACUUUAGGAGGAAAUUUCUUCAGGGUUUAGAACCGGAGAAUAUUCACAUGAUGAUCGGUUCUAUGAGGAUUGACUCUCUGGGCAUGCUGUCCGAUCUGUCGGUGGCUGAAGGGAAGAUUUACCCCGUGGGUUAUCAGUGUUCUCGCUUAUACUGGAGCACGCUGGACGCCAGGCGGCGCUGCUGGUACAAGUGCAGGGUGGUGGAACAUCGUCCGAAAGAGGGCGACCUCCCCCCAGAAGGUCUGGAUGGUCUGGGAGAAAACAAGACGAUCAUUCACAGUCCCGGACCCAUCCCAGGUGGUAAAGUUGCAGCCUGUCCUCCGCCCCCCGAGAAGAUCCCAGCCGCGUGUCCGCCCCCUUCAGAGCCCAUCACCACAGCAGCUGCCCCCCGAUCCUUCAGCGGUGCACGAAUGAAAACUCCAAACUACUCCCCAUCCCGGCGGCCGCUCGGAGGCUUCUCCCGACCGCUGCCCUCCCCAGGGAGUCAGUCAUCUUCCCCAUUGUCCCACCACAUCCCAACAGUGAGCGAUCCUGCGGUGACGCCUCUUCGUAGGACCCGACGACCCCCGGUUCCCUCAUCCAGAGCCCCUUGUCAGUUUUCUGCUCGGCUCUCCAGCCCACCUUCACCCAUCUUAUCUCUUCCUGUCACCCGCCAGUCGUCAGCGGAGAGUGAGACCCCGAUGCAGCUGCUGUGCGGCCUGGGAGAUAUGGUGUCCUCCUUAGAUGCCAGGUUGGUUGCAGGUCCCCUGCAGUGUGGGGCUCAGCUCAUUGUGGGCACUGAGGCUCCAGCGGAUGAAUCUGAGGGUGCGAGCAGCUCGGAGGAUGAAAUGGACGACCAGUAUUACGGGCUGACUCGGACGGUUGUCUCCCAAGAACCUUUGAGUCCGCUGCUUUCUACAAUGUCUGAUCACAUUGAUCAGCUGGAUGGCAUCCAUGACAGUACGGAUAGUGAGGAGACAUCACAGGGCCACAGUGGUCCCAUGGGUAGUGGUAAGACCCCCUCCCACCUGCCAUCAGAAAUAGUGGAGUUUGUGCUGAAGGCAGUUGGGGAUGCUGAGAGUCGGGAACAGCAGGGGGCGCCAGCCGCCAGCAGCUCGUCAGUCAUCUUGAAUGGGAUUACUGCCCCCUCAUUCUUUAAUGGCACAGAGGGUGCACCUCAAGGACCACCACCACUCAGGGACCCACCACAGGUACAGCGGGUGUGUCGUCCACUUAUGGCCAUGCCCUCUAAUGGGCCCUUGUGCCGCUCUGAGCCCUCCUCAGUUGCCCUCGGCGGUUCAGGGUCUAAUUUUAUAUUAGUUAAUAAACCAACAGGCCCGGUGCUUAUAAAUGUGGUGGGCAGCGGAGUGGACAUGGCAGGAAAUCCUGCGCUACUGCAAGACUCUUCAAAAAUGGAUGCUCUUCCAAUGGUCACCCCUGCAAGGCACAAUAAAGUUGCCGCUAAUGUUACUAACAAAAUCCCCAUCCCUUGUCUUCCUCAGACUACUGCAGCUAAGCUUCCUCCCCCAGCGCAGUCCACAAACCCAAACCUUGGGACGGUUUUAAUACAGACUGCCCCCGCGGCCUCCCCGGCAUGGACGUUACGUGUCUUUCCUAUGCUAAAUGUGGUGCAAGGUACCGGACAAAUUACUCUGGGGCCUCAGAUGAUGGCCCCGACGAUCGCUGGUAUCCCUCAGACGUGUCUUCUACAGGGUCUCUCUGGACUACUCAGUGUCGCCCCCACCCCUUCACACACUCAGGCGCAAGUACAACUGCCUCUCAUACAGCCGGCCCCCCCAAAGCCUGUCCAGGUACAAACAAUUGGCGACAAGAGACCCUGCAGCGACAAGAGACCCUGCAACAACAAGAAACUCAAGCUGGACUCAUCUGCUAAACUGGAAACGCAGAACGUAACACAGUCAGUGAUGGUGAACGCCAACUGCACGGCACAGAAGACGGUGAACAGCAGACAGAAGCGUAAGCUCCGGGGUCCGGUGCAGGAGAUCGUGGACCUGGUGGAUGAUGAGGAUCCUUGUCUGAACAUGAACGGUCUUCAUUUAGAUCUGACGGUUGAUGUGAAAACUGAAUAUCCUGCAGCAGAGUCGCCCAGAGAGUCCCCCGGCUCCGAGCACCCUCCAGAUUUCUCUCCUAAAUUUGACGACUUUGAGGACCGUUUUCUGGAGGAGAAGGAGAAUGUGUUACCGAGGCGCGGUGGCCCCCAUCUGCGCUUUGAAAUCAUCAGUGAGGAUGGAUUCUACACCCAGUCCGACAGUGCGGAAGGUGCCUGGAGAACUGUGGUUGAGAAGGUGCAGGAGGCACGAAGUGUGGGGCGGCUGCGACAGCUGUCCUUCUCAGGCCUGAGUGGAUUGCGGAUGUUGGGCGUGCAGCAUGACGCCGUCCUCUUCCUCCUGGAGCAGCUGACCGGAGCCGAGCGUUGCCGUGGAUACAAGUUUCUGUUCCACCCGCAGGAGGUGGAGGAGGAGGAGCCGCUCAUUAACCCCUCUGGUUGUGCCCGCAGCGAGGUCUAUGUCAGGAAAUGCACCUUCGAUAUGUUUAAUUUCCUGGCAUCUCAGCACCGCACCCUCCCCGAGCUGUGCACGUACGAGGAGGAGGAAGAGGAGGUGCAGCUGAAGUCCACCAGGAGAGCGACGAGCCUUGAUCUCCCCAUGGCCAUGAGGUUCCGGCACCUGAAGAAAACGUCCAAGGAGGCAGUCGGGGUCUACAGGUCGGCCAUUCAUGGCCGGGGGCUCUUCUGCAAGAGAAACAUUGAUGCUGGGGAAAUGGUCAUCGAGUAUUCGGGUAUCGUGAUCCGAGCGGUGCUGACCGACAAGAGGGAGAAAUAUUACGACAGCAAGGGCAUUGGAUGUUACAUGUUCCGAAUCGACGACUUUGACGUGGUGGACGCUACGAUGCACGGUAGUGCUGCGCGCUUCAUCAACCACUCAUGUGAGCCCAACUGCUACUCGCGGGUGAUCCACGUGGAAGGCCAGAAACACAUCGUCAUCUUCGCCCUCCGCACCAUCUACCGCGGGGAGGAACUCACCUACGACUACAAGUUCCCCAUCGAGGACGCCAACAACAAGCUGCCCUGUAACUGUGGUGCCAAGAAGUGUCGCCGCUUCCUGAACUGAGCAGAGCCGGCUCCGCGGAGGUGCUGGCACUUCCCAUGGCGGACGCACCGAGCCUCCCUGAUCAAACGCUUUGUCCUCUGAGCAGCCGGACAUGAAACAUGGAGGAGAGCGUCACCGGAAACCGCACUUUACCCUCUGUCCUGAGCGCUGACUCCAGGGCAGCUCCUUCCUCUCAGGGUCUUCUCUUUCCCGAUUUCUCCCUCGCUGCUACGUCUGGUUCGUCCCUCCCCCACCUUGUGCAUUUUCGGGGGGGGCUCAUGGCGGUGCUGGGAGGAUAGGGGGUGCUCUACUGAGGCUACUAACACAGCAAGAAUGGCGCAGUCUCCCUCUUCUCUUUUAGCCGAUGCUUUUUCCCAUCACUCCCGUAGGAAAGCUGAUCCAAAUGUUGGGGAGCGGAGAAGCGACAACCUGGGGGUGACAAUCAUUUUAGAUCCUUUUUGCUGCUACCGACCUUCCCAGACCUGCGAUGGUUAACCCCUUCCAUCUCCUCCGCUUUGUCUUGUGGAGCGUUUCUCGGAUGGACUCCAUCUUUUUUUCUAUCUUGGGGAGCAUUGAUGAAUUGCGCAGUCGCCGCGGUGGAUGCGCUGUACAUAAUGUAUAAAGAUUUGUAAGGACCGUGGUUUUUUCUAUGCACUUUUUUUUAUUUAAGGACUUGCUGGAGAAUAAGGAUUCAUUGUUCACCUGUUUAGCGUUUUAAAAUAAAAGGAACUUU